ACUGAUCUACAAAGUUUCAGGCUCCAUCUCUACGGAGUAUUAUAUUACUGAUCUUCAUAUAUGCUCCUGCAAAUUUGUUAGUUGUUGCCCAUAAGUAAAACCAGCUGCCAACCUUAUCUCCGAUCCGUCCUCCAUGAAUACACGCACCUAGAUUAGAUAUAUAGCAAGCACUAUCUAUAAAAGGCAGCGCCACAGUCCCUCAUCCAGUACAUCUGAUCUUCUUCAACAUAUCAAAUUUAAUUUGAUUGAUAGAUAUUAUAUAUAUAUUAAUUACUCAGCGUUUACGAAAGAAUAUAAUGAUGAACAAGUGGUGGUUCCUGGUUGUUGUGGUAUGUGUAGCUUUGAUUGUAGGGUGCGGGGAAGGGUUCGAUUUCAAGGAGAGGGAGUUGGAGAGCGAGGAAAGGUUGUGGGAGUUAUACGAGAGGUGGAGGAGCCAUCACACGGUGUCGACGAGUCUAGAGGAGAAGCAAAAGAGGUUCAACGUGUUCAAGGCCAAUGUUCAGUAUGUCCACAACUUCAACAAGAAGGAGGACAAGCCUUACAAGCUGAAGCUGAACAAGUUUGCAGACAUGACUACCCAUGAAUUCAAAAGCUUAUACGCCACUUCCAAAAUCAAGCACCAUCGGAUGCUACAAGGCGCUAAUUCUCGCGCUUCCCCAUCUUUCAAGUACGCCAAUGUCACUGACAUCCCACCCUCUGUUGAUUGGAGGGCCAAAGGCGCUGUCACCAAUGUCAAAGACCAAGGCCGAUGCGGAAGUUGUUGGGCAUUUUCCACUGUUGUAGCAGUUGAAGGUAUAAACCAAAUCAAAACAAACCAACUAGUCUCUUUAUCGGAGCAAGAGCUUAUUGACUGCGACACUCAGGAAAACCAAGGUUGCAAUGGAGGACUCAUGGAUUUAGCAUUCGAUUUCAUCAAGAACAAAGGAGGCAUCUCCACUGAGCAGAUAUACCCUUACAGGGCUGUAGAUGGGCGGUGCGAUGCUCAAAAGAUGAACUCACCGGUAGUAUCCAUCGACGGACAUGAGGAUGUGCCUGCUAACGAUGAGGAUGCACUGCUUAAAGCCGUAGCCAAUCAACCUGUCUCUGUAGCCAUAGAAGCUUCAGGAUUUGAUUUACAGUUCUAUUCAGAGGGUGUUUUCAAUGGAGCAUGCGGGAAAGAGCUGGAUCACGGUGUUGCAAUAGUGGGGUACGGAACAACUCUUGACGGGACCAAAUACUGGAUUGUGAAGAACUCUUGGGGAAGUGAAUGGGGAGAAAAAGGAUACAUUAGGAUGAAACGUGGAGUGGAGGACAAAGAGGGACUAUGUGGAAUAGCAAUGCAAGCAUCUUACCCACUCAAGAACUCCUCCACCAACCCCCAACACUCAUCAUCUCAUCAACCUAAGGAUGAGCUCUGAUCCAAUACUAUAUUCAAUUUGGAUAUGCAUUUAUAUAUCAAAGAUUACGAACUUCACUUCACUCCUGCACACUCUUAUUGUUAGUUUCAUAUAAAUGAAUUAAUUAAGCAUUAUAUUGCUUACAACUACUUCAUCGAUUUACAUGAAUUUAUUAUGUAUCUGUUGCAUCUAUUGAUAUAAAUAAAUGGUAAUAAAACUUCAUAUUUCUGAUUUUUUU